AUGGAUUUGGUCAACAGCCUCGAGGGCCGCCUGCUCUUUGCUGUGCCGAAGAAGGGUCGCCUGAAUCAGGCCGCCUUGAACCUGCUCGAGGGCGCUGACAUCCAGUUCCGCCGCGAGAACCGUCUCGACAUUGCUCUCGUUAAGAACCUCCCCAUCGCCCUCAUCUUCCUCCCCGCCGCCGACAUACCCACCUUUGUGGGCGAAGGCCGUGUCGAUCUCGGCAUCACUGGCUGGGACCAGGUCAACGACCCCGAUCCUCACUCUUCGGGAUGUGAUAUGGUGAUGGAUCUUGGCUUUGGCGGAUGCAAGCUGCAGGUCCAAGUUCCCGAAAAGGGCAAGUAUGCCACAAGCCAAGACCUCAUCGGCCGUACAAUUGGUACCAGCUUUGUCCAUCUCGCAGCCGAUUAUUUUGCCAAGCUCGAGUCCGAGUCGGCCGGCGAUCCCAUCACCGACGGCUCUGAUCGAAAACUGCGUACCAAGAUUAUCGAGUUGAGCGGCAGUGUCGAGGCUGCCUGUGCGCUGGGCGUCGCCGAUGGCAUCGUUGAUCUCGUGGAGUCUGGCGAGACAAUGCGCGCGGCCGGCCUCAAGGCCAUCGACACAGUCGUCGAAUCCACUGCCGUCUUGAUCAAGUCCCGCUCGCCUUCGAAUCCGGACAUGAUCCACCUCAUCACUUCCCGAAUCCGCGGCGUCAUCACGGCUCAAAAGUACGUCCUCUGCCAGUACAACGUCGAGCGGGGACGCCUGCCCGAGGCCCGGAAAAUCACACCGGGCAAACGCGCCGCCACGGUGACGGCGUUGGACGCCGACGACUGGGUCGCUGUUAGUUCCAUGGUGGAGAAGAAGAAGAUUGCUCUGGUCAUGGAUGACUUGUCUCGGGUCGGGGCCCACGACAUUCUUGUGCUCGAUAUCCACAACACACGGUGA